CUUUUUACUGUAUUCUCAAACGGGAUUGUCUUCCUUGCCAUUAUACGGCCUAGCAGCAAGAACAGAACCGCUCACAAUUCCUAUAUGACAUUUAUGUUUAUGAGCUCCAUGGCAGUCUCUGACAGCAUUCUUGGAGCGCUAGUUAUGCCCUUGUCAGUUGUACCAAUAAUACAGAACGGACAAUGGAACCUCGGGAACGACAUGUGCAGUGCAUAUUUUGCCUUAACACACAUUGUGUGUUCCGUGAACGCUUGUCACAUUCUGUGCAUGGCCGUCGACAAAUACAUCGCGGUGUGUAGACCUUUGCAGUACAGGUUGAUGAAAAAAUUAACUGCGCAAGUUAUGAUCUGCGCAUCCUGGAUUUUUCCAAUAUCUGUAACGCUCUUACCAAAAAUAAAUGGAUUUGACAAGAUGGGUUUGGAUUUGGCCGAAAAGUGGAUGGAGGAGAGCCACGUUUGUAUUAACGUUUUCAACAGAGAUGUAUUCGUCUCAUAUUUAAUCAUAUCGUUCUACGGUCCCAUAAUCGUGACCUAUUUUCUAUACGCGCGAAUAUUUACAGAAAUCUGCAGUUUUAACAAUCGGUCACCACAAUAUCAUCUCGAAAAUCCUUCAGCACCUCCAAAUUCAAAGAAAAAUUUGACAUCUGUCGACGUCAUAAGCAUCACAGUUUUAUCCGAGAUGACAGCGGGUUAUGUUGCAGAGCCCGAUUCGAGACAAUCUAAUUACACGAUCGACUCAGACACCAACUUAUCCAAGAACAAAAGAACGAAAGUAAAAAAUGGUGAGCACACUUCAACCGAUUCUGGGGAAUCCACGAUACCACGCCAUAUCUCCCGACACAUGAGGGCCAUUCGAACCAUUGGAUGCAUCGUUGCGGCCUUCACCGUCUGUUGGAUUCCCACGUCGCUGUAUCUGGUCACCAUCCAAUACACGGGAUUUGAACAACCGAAAUGGUCUGUUUUACUCUGCUUUUGGUUUUCAUUCCUGAACUCGACCAUCAACCCAUUUCUGUGUUGUUCUAUGAAAUCAGUGAGAGUUAAAGUGAGAAACUUGACAGGUCUGUAGGCCUAAUGGAAUGUCGUUACUUUGGAGAUGUAUUUAACAUAAAGCUGAAUAGUCUAUACUUAAAUUUUCUUUCAUUAAAAAAAAUUAGGCAA